AUGUACCUUGUGAGCGUUACAAAUCAUGGUAGUUUGAGAGAGAUCAUCUCUUUAACUGGAGUAUUGGGACGAAGUAAGUACGGGACCGGCUCACGGCAGCAACGUCCGCGCACCAGGAGACCCAAGAAGCCGCCCGGGGAGGGGCCCACCACCGACGAGAAGAGACCACGCACCGCCUUCUCUGGACCCCAACUCGCAAGACUAAAGCACGAGUUCGCGGAGAACCGCUACCUGACGGAGAGGCGGCGGCAGGCGCUGGCUGCGGAACUGGGCCUGGCGGAGGCCCAGAUCAAGAUCUGGUUCCAGAAUAAGCGCGCCAAGAUCAAGAAGGCGUCGGGGCAGAGGAACCCGCUCGCGCUGCAGCUGAUGGCCCAGGGCCUGUACAACCACAGCACCGUUCCCCUGACGAAGGAGGAGGAGGAGUUGGAGAUGAAGGCCAGGGAGCGGGAGAGAGAGCAGAACCGUCAC